AUUUCUUAGCGCUGAAAUAUUUUUGUGGGCAGUUUCUCUACAAUAACUGUUCCAUUAUCUUCAUAAUGGGAACUCCUAGCUCCAGUAGUAUCUAUGUAAAUCAAAAACUUAACAAAGCCCUCUUCUUUCAUAAUCAGAUCAUUAACCCCUUUCAAUUUCUUUCUAAAUCAGUGGAAAUAGAAAUUAUUUUGUUCUUCGACAGUUAUGGCACCCUCAAAUCAUGAUCCAGAUUAUCAGCUUCCAAAUUCUUCAAAUGCUAUUAUAAGUCAACAAGAUUGUACAAAUACAAGAAAAAAUGGAAGAGGAAGAACCAUUGGCUUAGGUGUCUCAAAAAGGAAAAAGAAGAGUGCUACUGGAAAAUUGCAUGUUGAUAUUCCAGCAGAUAAAAUGGUAGCUGUUGGACCAGGAGCUGCAAAUUUUGUGACCGAGGUCUCAAUCGUUGUCCUAAAGAAUGCUCCUUUUAAUGUCAAAAAGUGGGGAAAAAUACCACAAGCUAAACUUGACAAGAUAGUUUCAAAAGUUUUGGAUACUUUUGACAUUGAUAAUACAACACAUAAUAAUGAUGUUAUUCUUGAGACCGCUAAAAGACUCUAUCGUAAUCAUAGAUGUAGAUUUCAUCAACAUUUUAGCCAAUAUAACACAAAUGAGAUAGCUUUGAAACACAAACCAGAAGAUAUAAGUGAAGAAGAUUGGAAGUUCUUGGUAGAUUAUUUCUCAAGUCCUGACUAUAAGGCAAUCAGUGAAAGGAACAAAGUAAAUAAAGCAAAACAAGUUAUUAAACAUAGAUGUGGAAGGAAGUCAUUUCAAGCUGUGAGCUAUGAUGCGAGAGAUCCUGAAACUCAAAAAGAGCCCAACUUUCAAGACUUGUGGCGAAUGACUCACACAAAUAGCAAUGGAGAAUGGAAAGAUGAUGCUUCUAAGGAAAUUCAUACAAAGGUUGAAGAAGCUUGUUCAGAACUUGCAACAGCCGAACAUGUUGACGGUGAUAAAGACAUGCUUGCAAAUAUUGCUUUUAAAUCAGUUGUAGGAGAGAGAUCGGGUUAUAGUCGUGGGUUAGGAGCUGGAAUUAAACCACAAAAGAGAAAAGUUGUUACAGAGGCAUGA